UUUCUGAGAAGUCCAAAUGCAAUGUAGUGGGGAGGAAUCUGAAGGGGUCGUUGGGACUAACCAUCAAGAUGCACACACCAGUUUCUAGCAUGGUGGGUUCAAUAAAAGCUGAAAGUCCACCUAGUGAAGAUAUUGGUGGGAGUCACUCAUCACCUGCUUCACUUGGUAUUAUGUUUAGUAGUACAGACAAGGAUGAUUUUGGAACGAGUACUGACAAGGAGGAUUACUUUGAGAAAGGUAUGCUGUGUAUCCAAGAAGAACUCACUCAACUGAGUGUGGAAAUUCAACAUUCCAAAUCACCUCUAGAAGUAUUAAGUCCCAGUGUAGAGAACAAGUGUCCCCCUCGGUCACUUAGUUGCCAUAGCUUAACAAGUUCUGGAAAAGAUCAAACACAGCCUAGUGGAAAAGACAGCUGUAUUGAAUUUCGUGACAGAACUAGUCGAUCUGCUGGAUGGUUUGAUGGUCUACUAGGGUGUUUAAAACCAGUGUGGAACAUUUUAGGAAAGUCUGGUAACAGUGACAAUAAAGAUGAGUGGGAAAUUCCAUUUGAGAACAUAAGGGACUUGCAAUGGCUGGGUAGUGGAGCACAGGGUGCUGUUUUUCUAGGUCGUUUGAAUAAUGAUAUGGUUGCUGUAAAGAAAGUACGUGAAAAGUCAGAGACAGAUAUUAAACACCUUCGUAGACUCAAUCAUCCCAAUGUUGUGUCAAUCAAAGGAGUUUGUACACAAGCUCCGUGUUACUGUAUUGUGAUGGAAUACUGUCCGUACGGGCAACUUUACGACAUGUUGAAAAAUGGCCAAGAGAUUUCACCACCCACAGUGGUUGAAUGGGGUAAACAGAUUGCAUCUGGAAUGAACUAUCUACAUUCUUAUAGGAUCAUUCAUCGAGAUUUGAAGUCCCCAAAUGUCCUUAUAAGCCUUAAUGGAAUCCUGAAGAUAUCAGAUUUUGGAACGUGUAGACAGUGGAAUGAAAUAAGUACAAGAAUGUCAUUUGCUGGUACUGUAGCUUGGAUGGCUCCAGAAAUUAUUCGUAAUGAACCCUGCUCAGAAAAGGUGGAUAUAUGGUCUUUUGGAGUAGUAAUGUGGGAAUUAUUGACCUGCGAAACACCAUACAGAGAUGUUGAUUCCUCGGCUGUUAUAUGGGGUGUUGGCAACAAUAGUCUUCGUCUUCCUAUUCCUACAACUUGUCCGGAAGGCUUCAUGCUGCUUAUGAAGCAGUGUUGGAGUGCCAAGCCUCGGAAUCGGCCCUCGUUUCGACACAUCUUGAUGCAUCUGGAUAUAGCAGCAGUGGAGAUCUUGAGCACACCAAAAGAAAAAUAUUUUAAAACCCAGGCUUCUUGGAAAGAGGAAAUAAAGCAGUACAUGAAUGAAAUUAAACAGGAUGGAAAUCACAUUUCUCACGUAGAGAAAGACCUUGUGCAAAGAAGAAGAGAUGAAUUACGACAUGCCCAAGAUAUUCGUGAGCAUUAUGAGCGUAAAUUAGAACGUGCCAAUAAUCUGUAUAUGGAGUUAGCUGCUUGUUUAUUGCAACUAGAGCAAAGAGAAAAGGACCUUUUGAAGCAGGAACAAGUGAUUCAGCAGUGUUCUGGGAUUAAGCCUCAUAAGAAGCGUAUUGUAAGGCCAUUGCUGAAAGCACAUGAAAGACUCAACAAAAAACGAAGUUAUAAAUUGCCGUCAGAACAGACGAGCCCUGAGAGCCCCCAGAAGCUUAAUGCUGUAACCUCCAAUUUUGUGGCAUCGUCUGGUCAUUGUUCAGUUAAGGCUCGGAUCCGUCGGGUUCGUCAUCGUCGAAACGGUAGUCAUGGUGGUUCGGGUACAUACCAUUUUGCAGGGUCUGGGAGCUAUAAUUCUUCUCCCAAGACUAGCCCAAGGAAGGAACAACAGGGCAUGGUAGAUAGUGAAGUUCAAACAGAUGGGAGAGAGUUCCUGAGUGAGAAUGACUUGAUCAGCCCCAGUGUAACUAAGCCAUUAGCCUUUGAUACUCAACCAGCCAAAGAUGGUGUUAUUGAGUCUGGAAUUUACAGCAAUAAAAAUAACUGUAAUUCCAUUUGUAAAAUAUGUAGGUGUUCAGUUAGUAAUACAGAAUGUUGCAGUUGCAAGAACAAUUUUCCAGAAAGUAACAAAAUUACAAUUGAGGAGCAAGAAGGCUCAUUAGAGCCCUCAGAUCCACAAAAAAAUCCCGAAAAAUAUUCAAGGUCACCUGAAAAUUCAGAUAAUGAUAACAUGAACAAAAGAGAAGAGAUAAUUAAUUAUGAAAAUAAGCCUAGAACAAAUAACAAGUUGAAUGGUAAUGGUUCGGUACAGUCAUUUCCCUCGGUACAGGAAGGUCUCAGUCCAAAGACAAGUAGGCGGUUUAAAAGAAUGAUCAGUGACAGUGAUGAGUCACCCACUGCUGUUUCAGUACCCGUUCUGGCUACUAGCGGUCACACAUGGUCUCUUGGUCCUCAAAAGACAUUGCAGAUUCACGAUGAAAGUAGUUCGGAAGAAGAAGGUGAAGUUGACGACAGUGAUGAUUGUGUACUGAAAAGUCAAGGUCUUGUUAGAAUACAUAAACGAAGCAGCAGGCAGUCUGUAUCGACCCUAAGCUCCGAAGGCAACCUGUCCGAGGAGGAAAACACCAGUGAAUACUCGAGUAGCCACUGUACAACCAAUGACCUCUUGUCCAGCCUUUCGAACCCAGACAUUCCACACCAUCUGGACCAAGAGAAGGAUGGACAUUCCUCGGAGACCUUGGGCAUCAGCCAUCGCCACAGUAUAUGUGGAAUAGACUCUGCUUCCAUUACGUUCAGAGGGAAAAAUCAAUUGUCAAAGCUGCAACGAGGCUCACUUCCACCAAUCGCAGACGUGUACAGCUCCCCAGCCCUGUCUCAUGGUUCCUCCUCUGCAUCAGAGACCGAGAGUGUAUCUGACAUCACAGUAGCGACUGCCUGUCCAAACUCUCGGGGAAACACAGAGACUACAGUGUGGUGAUAGUCUUCUGGUAACAGUAACAAACAGAAAGGUGAAACGCCUUUCUUCUCUUGUGUUCUCUCUUCUUAUUUGAAGCUUCUUGUAAUAUACUGUACAGUGGAGAACUGAAACUGUUGGACAGUAUGAUGGACAUUAAGUAGUGCCUGACUUGAUUGUUACUUGUGUAAGUCAGACAAAAAUGUUAUAUUGCUCUUUACGAGUUCUGUAAUUUCAAGAACUUUCUGCAUUUAUAAAAUAUCCUGUUAAAAACGAGAAAGAAACAAGCUCUAACCAUUUCCCAAACAGAAACAAAUGCUUAAGAAGUUGAGGCAUUACUUUUAGUUCAUAUUCUAGAUCAUCUUGCGAGUCGUUUUAUACAUAUCUUAAUUUAUUGAUUUGGUUUUCAGUGUGUGAGUAUAUUAAAAAAGAAUUGACUAUGUUUGAAGUUAUAAUGAUUGCUUAACCUCCUGGUUCUUAGCUAGCAUUCCUUUGAUAAGGAUGCGACUGUUGUAACCAAUGCCUGCCCUAUGUGAAAAAUGUUUUUUAUCUGACAUAUUGAACAACUUUUUAAAUUGAUGGUAGUUUUAUAGCAUUCAUUUUUUACCACUUUAGCAGUAAAAAAAGAAGAUACGUUGUAUUUUAAAGAAUGUUUUAAACCAGUGAAUUAGGUAAAAACCAGUCGAUAGCUAAGCUUGCAUCUUUACAAGAAAAGUAUUUAAUUUUCUAAAACUGUUUAUGGAAUUGUAUUAGGUUUUUCUCAUUCAUUUAAUAAUAAUCAUAUAAGUUAUACUUACAGUAGCAAGUUUGUUUCUGUGGAUACACUAGUCUGGUUCAUAAGAAGGUUAUCAACUCACUAAUUACUGUUUCACCAGAAGCUCAUCUCUUGUGUUGUGAUGCAUUAUUUGAUUUGUUUUUCACCACUUAUAACUGAGUUUUGACAGUUUUUGUAUAAAUAUUGGAAAUUUCAAAAGUUUAAUGACAAUACAAGAUGUUUUGGAUUUGUUUGAACACAUUUCUAUUCACGUAUUGCAUAAAUUUAUAUUUUUCACAAGAAGCACAUCAGAAUAAUCAGUUAAACUCUUUCCAGGCUAUGGGUUUGACAUAUUUAGCUUUUUCAACUUCUGUUAGGAAUCAAUUAACUAAAUUACUUGAAAUUUAACAAAACUUCUUGAAUAUAAAUAGUCUUUAGUUCCAACUUUAAAAUUAUUGUAUUUGAUUUAAUUUUCUAUAAUCUUUUAUGCUGUGAAAUUUUGAAAACGUUUUGAGAGACAUAGUUUAAAAAAAAACAUUGAAAAUACUCUUUCUUCUUAGAGUUGGAAGUUUCUUUGUUGUUGGCCAGAAAGAAUCAGUUUCAACUUGUUUGAUAUAAAUUCUAAAAUAUUAUUGAAAACUUAAAAUUAUUUUUUUUCACUUAAAUUAUGAAAUUUGAUAUGCAGGUGUGCACUUGAUACCUGAAAGGUGGUCAAUGGCCCGGGAAGGGUUAAUGGAUUAUAAUACAUUAAGCUAUAAAUAAAUCCUGAUUUCAUGUGAAAACAUUGUAUAUUUCAAUUACAGUAUUGCUAGGGUUCUUGUAGGUUUUGGUAUAAUGAUAAUUAUCAUGUAUUUAAUUCUAAAGAGAUUUUUGUUUUCAUCUUGUACCAUAGUGUAAUGACAUGAUAUUGUUUUUGUUACAAAGUCAUG